AUGAUGAAUAGACACAAAGAAUUUUAUGCAAAGCAUGUUCAACACAAGGAUGACAAAUGGAAGGAUAUAUUACACAAGCGUUUUAUGGAGGCUAUGAAGUCAAAACGAACUGAAUUUAUUGAUCAUUUGAGAAAUAUUCACAAUUCAGAACCGACAAAUUUAUCAGAUGAAAUACUUCUUCAAGAGAAACGUGAACUUUUAAAAAGUCUAAUUGCUGAUAGUGAAACAGAACAAUUAGAUGUGGAUAGUUUAAUCGAACUGCAAGACAGAGUUUUGGACGAAUUAUCAACAGAAAUUGAUGAUUAUUUAAAUCCAGAAUUUUGGAUUAAUCCAGAUAAUUGUGUAGAAAAUUUUUGUCAUACGAAUGAUGAGAAUCCAGUAGUCUGUCCUAUAUGCCGAAAUGGUUAUUUAUCGUUGUUAGGAACAGUUCUCACCUGUCCUUCGUGUAAAUUAAAUUUGGAUACUCAGACUGAUAGUCUCAAUCUUUCGACGAUUGGUGAUAGUUUAUCUGAUGCAGAAAAGAAACAUAAUGCCUCCGGUUGUUCUGAUACCUUACACGCUUGGCUUAUUGAUCAGAAUUCACAUUGUCAGUCAAAUAUACAAUCUUGUAGUAGUAGUAGUAUUAGUAUUAGUGAAGAUCUUAUUUCUAAAGAAAUGAUCACAUUACUAUGUAUUGGAUGUGAUACGUGUUCAUUUAUGGAAGUUGUUGUUUAA